AAAAGAAGACUAUAGUAUUCAACAAUGGCGCCCGAUGACUGAAAAUUACUACCACCAUCACUAAAUAUAUAACCCACAUGGCGGAAUUCCAUGGACGAUAAAUCUCACAAGUUCCUCUCAAAAUUUCGCCUCCUCUCUGUGGAUUCCAGCUACCUUACACAACAUAGCUAUGGCGAUCUUCAGCUUUGAGGCAGAGGUGACGACCUCCAUCCCUCCGGCGAAGAUGUUCAAGGCCUUCGUCGUCGACGGCGAGAAGAUCGCCGCUCAAAUCUUCCCGGAGGCCAUCAAGAGCGUCGCCUCCGAAGGCGACGGGGGCCCCGGAACCAUCAAGCAAGUCCAUUUCAACGAAGGGAGCCCGUUCAAGUUUGUGAAGGAAGUGGUGGACGAGCUGGACAAGGAGAAGCUGAUCUACGGCUACACGGUGAUCGGCGGGGAUGCUCUGAUGGCCGGAGUGGAGAAAAUCUCUUACCGUUUUAAGAUGGAGGAAUCGGCUGACGGCGGAACGAUCUGCAAGCGCAGCAGCAAGUUCUUCACCUCCGAGGAAGGAGGGAUUGGUGAGGAUGAAGUGAAGGCUGCUAAUGAAGGGAUGUGGCAGAUGUUCUGUGCUAUUUUCAAGGCUUUCGAAGGCCACCUCCUCGCCAAUCCUUCAUCUUAAGAAAAUGCAAUUUGCCCUCAAAAAGCAAGAUUAGUGUCCCAAACAUACCGAGAUCUAUGAUUAGUAUUGUAUUUUGAAUCUCAAUUUCC